CGUGCCGCCAGUGCCCCCGGCCGUCGUCACCGAACGUCCGCCAUGCACUGCUGGAUCUUGGCAGUCGCCUGCCUCGGCGCCGCCGCAGCGGCGCCGUGUAUCAACUGCGGGGUGCGCGGAGUGGGCCCGCCUGCCGGCGCUGUGGUGGUUGGUCCGCCGCCGCCCGAACCCGUCUUAGUUGAGAAGCACAGCCUCGGCACGCGCACCAAGGCAGACGUCUCCGGCACCAUCAUCAGCACCGGCAACGCCAAGGCGGUGGUGUCCGGCGGCUCGCGCGCCACCCAGCUGCUGCCCGACCAGCGGGGCGGCGCCGCCGCGCGCGUCAAACUCUACACGCAGCGCAACGGGCUCGGCUCGGGCAGCGCCGCCUCGGUCGGCCGCUCAGACGUGGACGCCGGCCUCAACGCGUCCAGCAGCCAGGGCGACGCCAUCACCGAGACACGCAGCACCGGCGAGGCCACCACCGAAGCCGACGCCACGGGCAAGGGCGAGACGCUCGGCGAGGGCUCGCGCACGGACGCCAGCGGCGGCUCCAGCUCCGCCACCAUCAGCGACGGCUCGUCGGCCGGCGCGGCGCAGACGGUCGGCACCGCCGGACAGGCGCCGGGCAUCGGCACCGACGCCGGCUCCGGCGCCGCCUCCCACGUCGAGUCGAGCGGCUCGGGCGGCUCGCGAGCGGCGGGUCGCGGCCGCGGCGCCGCCUUCGGCAGCGACACCACCUCGCUGUCCGGCAGCCAGACCCGGUCCGACGUCAUCGGCGACGGCCAGGCGCGCUCCGUGGAGACGGGCGGCGCCGCCGGACAGAAGGGCGACGGCAUCAGCCAAACCCAGGCCACCUCCAAGGGCACGGUGCACACACUCGGCAACGGCGCCAGCGGUGACGGCGAGACGUCGGCCAAGGGCACGGCCGGCACCAACAGCACCACCUCCUCGGACUCCACCGCCAGCAACCGACUCAAGGCCACCCGCGGCGGCGUCGCCGAGUCGGACGUCUUCACCACGGGCCUGUCCGAGCUCGGCAUGGACUCCUUCACCAAGGGCCUGGCGGUGAAGACCAAGUCGGUGACGUCGGGCGAACAGACCACCGCCGGCAGCGCCAGGGCCAAGAGUAACGGCGCCAGCGCGGUGGGCAGCACACUGCUGGGCGCCGGCGCCGCCAUCACCGACACCACCUUCCGCGGCGAGAGCGUCACCGCCGGCAGCAUCAAGGGCGCGCUGCAGUCGUCCGGCGUGGCAGGCGUGGCCGACGGCCAGCCGGUGGUACAGGCCGCAGAGCCGGCCGCCGACGCCGGCAACACGGUGGUCGUGGUGGAUAAGCCGGCGACGUCCGAGACGCCCGUCGUGGUCGCGCAGCCCGCCCCGGCCCCGGAACCCUAUGUGCCCCCCGUCCCCGCUCCGGAGCCAUAUGUGCCUCGGCCCAGACCUGAGCCAUACACACCUCCCUACAGCCACAAGCAGAGUACUGGGCCAUACAUACCACCCUACGCCCACAAGCAGAGUCCUGAACCCUAUACACAACCCUAUGUGCCUAAGCAGAGUCCUGAGCCAUACGUGCCACCCUAUGUGCCUAAGCAGAGUCCUGAGCCCUACACACCACCUUAUGUGCCUAAGCAGAGUCCUGAGCCCUACAUACCACCCUAUGUGCCUAAGCACGAUCCUGAGUCAUACACACCACCCUAUCCGCCUCGGCGACGCACCUACAGAAAUGAGUCCUACAAGCACCACAAGCGGACCGAAUACGCAGCGACGGACCCGAACGGAUUUUAGUCUUUCAUCCUUCACCUGACAGCAUUGCAUUUGCAUCGAAGACACUGGCACGACACGUGUGCCUUGCUAUCAUGUAACCAAGUUUGCAAAUAAAUAGUUGUAUUGUCAGUU